AUGGAUGUCAACGGAAUAUCUUUAGUUGUUGGUGCCGGCAGCGGUAUUGGCCUUGAGACUGCCUUAUUAUUUGCAGAAAGAGGCGCAAAAGCUGUGGUGUUUGCAGACCAGGCAUUUGGCGCAGCCUCUGAGGCUUCAGAGAAGAGCAAGUCCAUAGCAACCGCUACAGAUUACCAGACGAUGGCUAUAGCUGUUGACGUUCGGGAUCGAGCAUCCGUAAAGUCAAUGGUGGAAGAAGUCAUGAAACAGUUUGGCAGGCUAGAUUAUGCCGUCAAUAGCGCCGGAACCGGAAGGAAAACUGAAGCUGAUGUCACGAGUCUUGACGAAUCUGAAUAUGACUUAUUGCAUGACAUAAAUGCAAAAGGCAUUUUACAUUGUCUCCAAGAAGAGAUUGCCGUUAUGAAGAAUCAAGAGCCAGCUUAUGUCGAAGGGCGUAAUGGCCGUCGUAGUAUUGGACCCGGUUCUAUUAUAAACGUUACCUCUCUAUCCUCAUCAGUCUGCUCACCCAAUUCUAUCGCCUACACGGCUAGCAAGUUUGCUGCGAAGAGUAUAAUAAAGUGUGCUGCCAUCGAGAACCGAAGGUCCGGCCUCCGGAUCAAUGAGGUGUGUCCAGGCUAUACCGACACGCCGAUGUUGCGUCUAGGCAUGAAGAGACAGCCUGAGAUGAUUGAUCUUAUCAAGAAAGCCAUGCCGUUGGGUCGGGCGGCUACUCCUGAAGAAAUUGCGAAUGUCAUCCAUUUCUUGGCAAGUCCCGGAGCGAGCUUCGUUAAUGGACAAUCGAUAAUCGCCGACUCUGGGGUGUCGGCCUCUAUCGUGUAA